AUGGGGGGCAAUACACUAGCAGAGGGCUUCCUUGAACUACAAGCCGAGUCAGGAGCGAAAUGGAUGAGAGUGUGUGAAGAUCCCUCAGCUGAUCGGUUGGCGGAUGUAGUCUGCGGGGAACUUGGUUUCCCUGGCGUUAAAGAAAUGUCCUAUGAGCACGGAGGAUGUUCCUUAGAAGGAGCUGACCAGGACUACGCAUACCAUUCGCAGGAUUGCUCUGCAUCAUCUAACGAGUGCAAUUCGUCGCUGGCGGUCAAAGUCAAGUGCUUUGAGCUUGGAUUCAAAGGAUGUUAUAACUUGAGUAAAAUUCAACUCCAGGACGGAUCCUCAUACGAUUCAACCUCCCAGUGUGUAGCAUCAUGCAGAGAGGACACAUCCAAGGCUAUAGCCAUUAUCAAUGGAAGUGAAUGCUUUUGCUCCACAACCGAUGAAAUCGGACUAUCCUCCUUCAGCAAGAAGGAAGCCCGGUCAUGUGCUCCACAUCAGUUAGUUUAUAAUGCUACUGUUGGCUUCUGCAGUGACCUGAAUGACGACUUUCACGGAUCAUGGGAUUCUAACAUCACAUGGUUUGGUUCCAUUGUUCGUCUCACGUGUGAUGCUGGAUACAUGCUGAAUAGAAGUGGAACACUGCAGUGCAUAACAAAGGUGCCUUCAUACCUUCCUGUCUGGAACGAUUCUAUUCCAACAUGCGAAAUUAUUACAAAACAACAUUUAGAUACUUCUCACUCGAUGACUAGUGAAAAGGGUAAUGCAGCUAUAGCCAUUUCUUCCUCCAUGAUCGCUCUCUUCACCGCUCUCCCCAUUUGCAUCAUAUGUGCUGCUGUCUGACUUUCAGUGACCACAUAUUGACUGGAAUGGAAUGAUACCUGAAGGAAAUGCAGGAAAAGAAAAAUCCAUAAGCAAAGUGCGGCUCCAUCAACAACGGCAACCAGAGAAUCCGACCUGACCAACCGUACCAGAGCUCUCCCACAAACUCCCAUUGACGAAUCCCAACCAACCAUAUUACCUAACAGAUCCCAACAUGUUACCAGAACGCCAAAUAACCUCAACAACUCCUCCACAUUACAUACCUCACUUGAAUUAACUGCUUUACAGCGCGGGAACAAUAAUUACGCAUCAGGUAAUCCGUAUCACUACGCAGUCAGUAUGACUCAUACACAUCAAGCAACACCAAACAUGGGUACUGAUGUGAAUGCUGAAGACAUGACAGAUCAAAACACAAUCAAUGCCGGGCAGAGGACGAAGAUGAUGCCCAUGUUCAAUCGCCCAUUACCACAUAGGCCGAUAUCGGUUGGUGUUCAGGAAGGCCCAUCCCUUCCUCCUCGAGAAAGACAUGUGAUUCACUCUUCUACUCUCUCUCCAAACUUGACACAAAAUACACGUUUAGUAAAUUCACACCUUGGGGCAUGUUCCCUGUCCUACAACCCGCUAACAAACGGAGAACAAGGUAAGACAGUCGACCGAAUGCCACGAAAUUGUGCUAUUACUAAAGAGGUUGUCGUAAUAUAUCCCUUUAAAGGUACAACCUCUAAUGGAAAUACACACCAUGGAUAUUAUUCUGCAGAUGACUUUGAACAUGAUGAAGUGAAUAAGGGGGGCGAUUUUCCACUUGUAUCGUCUAAAUUAAACCCUUUUUACCAUUGUCUAGAGGAUGACGAUCAGCAAAUGUGUAGCAAUGAUUGUGAUACAGAUGUUUUGAUUAAUAAUGAAAGCAAUGAUCAUGAUGACAACCUGGCUGAUGUGAUGGUUGAUAAUGUGCUUUACAACCCAAUGGACUUCUAAUAUUUUCCUGUUUCAAGACAUGAUUGCCUAUAUAUGGUACAAAUACAUUUGCAGGAACCAAUCCCCAGUGACGAGCUAGAUCUACAAGCGUGUGGUCUUCAAACCGGAUUUAAGACCUUCUGCUGUCACGUCGGGGAUAAAUACAUUUUGUUACUGUAAAUUUUAUCUGAUCCUUCCCGAGUAUAGUUUGUCACAAACUAUGCACUUUGUUCUUGUAAAUACACAAGUGUCAUCAUGUAAUGCAUGAAUUUGUAAUAACAUAGUUCGAAUAUUUAAGUGGAUAUUUACCACAUCUCUUUUGAUGAUGAGUAUAUGUGUAAAAUUUGUUCUUGUAUAUUUUCCCCGUCAAUUAUUACUUUUUUUGCACACAUAAACAUAGUUUCUAGUAAGUGAUGUACAUAUGAAAUAAAUGAUUUGUGCAGAACAACUGAACUGUCUUAACGUUAACAUAAAUCUACAUUCAAAUAUACAAGAUUAAUUGCAGGAGAUAGUUAUAAUGCAAUGUUUGUUUGAAUAUGAAUGUUUGUAUUUGCAAGAUACAAUGCUAAAGCGAUCCAGUGUAAAUUAACUUUACCAAUGUGCCUGCAACCAUAUACAUGACACUUUUAAAAUAAGGAAAAUAAUUAAGAAAUUGUAUAUAAUUAUGAUGAAAUGUUGUGAAUAGUUGAAAUAAAUAAUCGUUUAGUAGAAACUAUAAUGAGUAAUUGUAAGCUAUAAUGUCGUGCUAUGGUAUUAAUGGUACAAAUCCAUAAUAAUGUGUGCACUGCCUGUAAGAAAAUAAUUUGUGUUAUUGUAAUUAAUCUUUGUCAUUAUGAUCUCACUACUACAUGUUAUUACCUAUUUUGAUUCCUGUAAUUUUGAUGUUUGCUUUUACUAUUGUACGAAACCUGUAAUUCGGCUUUCGAGCCGCGAUUGAUUUUUAUUUCAAUAAAACCAUUACUACUACUA